GCUUCCGUUCCUCAAAGUGCUCUCAAAUGUUGCUUGUGACGUUUGUCAACUAAAUAACAAUACGAAAACUCCAAUAAAAAGCUUAUUCUUAAUAAUUAAAUAAAACAGACAUUCAAUCACAACUUAAUUUUUUAUCAAGUUAAUUUUUACAAAGUAUUGAAAAGUAUUUGUUUUCUACAAUUAUUGAAGAAUUUCAUUGUUAUAAAGUAUAAUCAAGUGAUUGUUGAAAAUAAAAAAUUUUUUCUGGGAAUGUGGAGAGAUUUGCUUUUUGUCGAAGCAUCCUGUCAAGAGGUAGGGAUCUGGAUAUUUGAAGCGAGCUAACAGUGAGCGACUUCAUGAAAUUUUUCAACAGUAUGCAACUCAAGAAAAAAAUGGAGAACGUUUUAUGACUUCAUCUGAUUUCGUGAGAAGUUAUUUGGGCUUAUAUACAAAUGUUGAUUACAAUCCAGACUCUGUAGCUUUACUUGCUGGUAUUGUAGAUACAAAUAAAGAUGGACUUAUCUCAUUUGCUGAAUUUCAAGCAUUUGAAGGACUUCUUUGUGUGCCAGAUGCCCUAUAUAAAACGGCUUUUCAAUUGUUUGAUACUAAUGGAAAUGGAAUGGUUGCAUUUGAGGAGUUCGCUGAGGUGAUGAAAAAGACUGAACUUCAUCAAAAAAUGCCAUUUAAUAUGGACAGUACAUUUAUCAAACUUUAUUUUGGUAAAGAUAAAAAGAGACUAGUAAGUUAUGCAGAAUUUAGCCAAUUUCUACACGAUUUUCAUGAAGAGUAUGCAACAGAAGCUUUCAAAAAAUUUGACACGGAAUUAGCUGGUUUUAUAUCAGUGGCCGAUUUUCAAGAAAUUAUGUUAAAUAUUAAAAGUCAUUUAUUAACAAAAGAAGUUAAAGAGAAUUUGUUGGCUGCAGCUACUACAGCACACAGUGGACGAAAAGUCAGUUUCCCUUAUUUUAUGGCUUUUAAUUCACUUUUAAACAACAUGGAACUUAUCAAGAGAAUUUAUUUAAAUGCAACAAACGGCCACAGGUAUCAAGAAGUAACGAAAGAAGAAUUUUUACACUCAGCCCAAAUGAUGUCACAAAUUACACCAUUAGAAGUGGACAUUUUAUUUCAUCUUUGUGAUUUAUUACGACAAACUAGCAAAAUUAUUUAUAAUGAUCUCGUUGCUAUCACACCUGAGCAGUAUUUUAAACAUAUAACACGACGUUUAGCAGAAAUAAAAGCAGUUUCUAGUCCUGAUGAACGGGGAAUCAUCACACAAAUUCUUGAGAGUAGCUAUCGAUUCACUCUUGGGUCAAUUGGAGGUGCAGUUGGAGCAACUGCAGUAUAUCCAAUUGAUUUAGUUAAAACACGAAUGCAAAAUCAACGAACCGGUUCUUUUAUUGGUGAAUUAAUGUACAGAAAUAGUCUUGAUUGCUGUAAGAAGGUUAUUCGGCAUGAAGGAUUUUUCGGACUUUAUCGAGGUCUAGUACCACAAUUGAUGGGUGUAGCACCUGAAAAAGCUAUUAAGUUAACAGUCAAUGAUUUUGUACGAGAUAAAUUUAUGGAUAAAAAUGGAAAUAUUCAUCUUCUUGGGGAAAUUAUUUCUGGAGCUUGUGCAGGAGGAUCACAAGUUAUCUUUACAAAUCCUUUAGAAAUUGUUAAAAUUAGGUUACAAGUUGCUGGUGAAAUUGCAGGCGCACAAAAAGUAAGAGCCUGGGCAGUUGUGAAAGAGUUAGGAUUAUUUGGACUUUACAAGGGCGCAAGAGCAUGUUUUCUUCGAGACGUUCCAUUUAGUGCUAUAUAUUUCCCGAUGUAUGCCCAUACUAAAACGAAAUUAGCUGAUGAAGGUGGAUAUAAUACUCCGUUGUCUUUAUUGGCAGCUGGCGCUAUUGCUGGAGUUCCAGCGGCGGCCUUAGUUACUCCAGCAGACGUCAUUAAAACAAGACUACAGGUCGUUGCGAGAAAAGGUCAAACAACGUAUAAUGGAUUAUUAGAUUGCGCUAGGAAAAUUUAUAGAGAGGAAGGUGCAAGAGCAUUUUGGAAAGGUGCAACAGCUCGAGUUUUCAGAUCUUCGCCUCAAUUUGGUGUUACUUUAUUCACGUACGAGCUUCUACAGCGACUGUUUGUUGUUGAUUUUGGAGGAACUCGUCCUGCUGGUUCUGAUCUCAAAGUUCCAUCAACUGGGGUAGCUGAUGACUUAAAAUCUAAAAAUACUGAUCAUAUAGGCGGUUAUGAGGUAGCAGUCCCAAUUCUGUCAGGUAUAGAAACUAAAUUUGGCCUCAGUUUACCAAGAUUUCAAGCAGCACCAAGACUUUAAUAAUAUCUAAAACAAAUUCUAAAUUUUUAAAAAAUUAUCAAAUCUUUAAUAUUGGGAACAGCAUGCUAUAAUUAAAAUAAAAUAUUAUUUAAUUAAAAAUCUUCCAAGGAAUUAAAUCGUUGAAUACAAAAGUGUAAAAAAUAAUUGUCAAACAGAAAAGUGAAGUGGAAAAACAAAAAUAAAAUUACAAAUAUUUUAUUAAUUAAUUGUUAAUUAAAGAGAUAGAUUUUUUUUAAUUUACAUUAUAACCAUUCUUCUUAAUGACAAAUUCUUAUUUUAAUAGACACAAAUUGUAAAUAUAAUAUAUAAAUAACGAAGGAUGUUCUAUGUUGAUAACAUGAGUAUAACAAAAAAUGCGAUAGAUUUAAAAAUAGACACAAUAAUGUGAAGGUAAAAUGAAUGAAUGUAAAAAUUAAAACCAAAUUAAAAGAACUAAGUAUUUUUUAUUUCAA